AUGAAAAUUAUAAUUUUUCUUGGACUCUUGGGAGUUACAUUUUCAGCCCCGCUUAUCCCACAACGCCUUUUGUCUGCGAGCAAUAGCAAUGAGUUACUUCUGAAUCUGAAUAAUGGUCAGUUUUUGCCACUACAGCUUCAGGGCCCAUUUAAUUCAUGGAUCCCCCGCUUCUCUGGCUUUCUACAACAGCAGCAGCAGGCUGGAAUUCCAGGACAGCCGCAGCUCUCACUGUCAACUCUAGACCAGUUUGCUGGACUAUCCCCAAAUCAGAUACCUUUCCCCAGACACGUCGGUUUUGCCCAAGGAGCGCAAGCUGGCCAGCUGGGCCCCUCACAACCUCAGGCACCAUCACAGACCCAGCAGGGCCCUAAUCAUAUGAUGCCCUAUGUAUUUCCCUUCAAAAUGCCUCAAGAACAAGCACAGAUGCUUCAAUACUAUCCGGUGUACAUGCUCCUACCCUGGGAACAACCUCAACAAACAGUCACUCAGUCACCCCAACAAACAGGGCAACAAAAAUUUGAGGAACAGAUGCCAUUCUAUUCUCAAUUUGAAUAUAUUCCGCAACAAGAAGAACCUGGUGUACCAGGAGGACAACAGCAAUUGGCUCUUGAUACCCUCUUAGGCACAGCUCCUGAAACUGUUGUGAUGCCAGGAGGAGGAGUGCUACCAUAUUUACAGAAAGAAGUGAUAAAAUUUAGACAUGACAGUGCAGGAGCUUUCAUGCCUUCCACCUCACCAACACCCAGCAACACCAAGGCUUUUGCUUCUGCUCUAAAUCCAACUAUUGCCUCAGUGCUUCCAGAAGAGAAGGCCAAGACUGAUAACCUAAGAGAACCAUAA